CCUUAACAACAAUAGACAAAGGUUAGCACAAGGAGACGAAGACUACAAUUGUCAAAAUGGAUCAGAGCUUGUUGUCGAAGACUACUGUUGGAUCAAUUUCUCAAAGAUCUUCUGAUCGUAAUGACAUUUCACAGAGCUGGAUGAUAUUUCAAAGGAUACGACAUCACAGUACAAGUGGAACAAAAAUACCCGAAAAGAUAAACAGCGUCAUGUUCAAUAAACCAACAAUGACAGAAAAUCUUCAGGCUAUCAGAUCUUGCAAAUCAAGCGACUUCAGUAAUCCUUAUUGUUCACAUCCGACGAAGAACCAACAAAAUUGGGCAAGAAAAUGGGCCAACCAUCGCGCACAACAAGCAAUACUCAUGAAAGAUGUUCAUUCAACUAAAGAAGACUCAAAUAAGUUGCAUAACUGUAAAAUAGUGCGACAGGAUGAGAAAGUACUCACAACAAAAAAGUCACCAUUAUCAUCGAACGUUCACUUACCUGACGUGCAGUUCAAUGAAAAGUCUGCUGAUGUAAUUUCUCGAUUGCGUUCAAUAUAUUCAAACGAAAAUGAGAGGAAUCGUCGGCUACGAAACAUCCACGAAAGAAUGAACGAACUUCAAAAAAAAUCCAUCAAAAAACAAGUGGAUCUUAGCAUUCGGGAAUUUCGCAGGAGGAGUGAAGAAGACAAGAGCAAUCGCAAGGAGCUUAAAAGAGUACGUGAAAAAUUUCUUGAAACAAAGAAAAAUCGCCAAAGUCAAAUGCAUGUUUCUCAAAGCGCACUAGAUGCGCCAGCCGUUUCGAGACUAGCAUAUGGUCUACCAUUGGAAGGAAAGGAGUUCACAGUGAGUUUAUCAAACAAGAAAACAACGGCUGAAAUGAAGAAUCUAUGGAGAAUGGCGCUUCUUCGAAAACAAUGCAUCGAUAGUUUUAUGAGCAACAUUUCACUUAUGCAUCGACCAUUAGAUGCAUUAACACUUCCUCAAUCAGAGUCAAGUCUUCAAAGAAAUGAUAGGCUACGGUCUCAUAGCGAAGAUUACACAAUCCAUAGACUGAAUAAGUAUAACUCUCUAGAAAAAGACAAUUUCAACAACAACAAAGUUACGAGAGAUUUGGAAUUCACACUGCAAUCUGAAAUCAUUGAUACAUUCGAAUCUCUGAGCAGCGAAGAUGACGAGUUUAAGGAUGUCUAG